CAAAAUAUUUGUAAUUUAGUGUAUAGGCGCCUUUAGGUAAAUACGGACAACUAUAUUGUAGGAAUACCUUUUUAUGUAUGUGAAUGACGCACAUAUAGGUACACAAUGUUAGUUUUAAGGUUUUUGUGGUCAUAUGGGUUUUUAAUCAUAUUUAUGGCACAUCCAUUAUCAACAGCGCCAACCAACGGCAGUCUGCCAAUCACAAUAAAACUUAAGGAAGAAAUAGCAACGCGAUACGGCAAAUUGUUGAAGGCCCUCAUUUCGGUUAACGAGCAAAGGUUGGAUGUACUCCACAAGCUGCACCGGUUGCAAGACCUACCAUUGGGCGUUUUGAGGACACAGGAACCUGAAGUUUACGCAGUUUGGAAACUGGACACGGAUCCCACAACACUAAUAAAAAUUAAAGGAUUGCUCACAGUACACGAACUAAACAAAAUAUCAUCAAAAAUAAUAAACGAAUUAGAAAACCUACAAUUUCUCCAGAAACUAAUGGGAUUUGAAAUCAAAACUAAAGUACAGGACGAAGCUAUUGUUGUAAAUAAAAAAAGAAUUGCUCAAACAGCACAUGAUCACAUCGAUAGUGGAGAAUAUUGGAGUUCAAAGGAAUUAUCAAAAUUGGACAGUAGAAGGAAGAAGGAUUACGGAGAUAAAUGCAAUGAGAAAAUAGGUAAAGCCUGUACGAAGGCCUGCAAAGCAGCUUUUAAAGAGGUGUGUUACGGCUAUAAAUAUGCUAAAUCGGCCAAGAGCGAGUUUGCAGAAGAAUGCAGAAGGUCUUGUCAUCAGCAAUUUGUGGCAGAGCCUGAAGACUCUGUGGAGUAUACCUUUAACCAAUUACCGUGGUCGUGACCUCACUAUUCCUAUUCUCUUUUUUUAUACUUACUAGUUUUAUUUGUUUGCAGCAGUUUAGUUGGACAGCAAAAAUUUAGCCCACACUCAUUAUUAAUAACUAAUGUUACAAAAGACAUUAAGUCAUUGUUACUUGGAUUCAUUGCCUGUAUAACGCAAAUAAUGAUAUAGUUUUUCGGCAAAACAUAUAAAAACCAAACAUUAACAUUUGUGCCAAACGAAAAGGCAACCAGAGCCACGGCAAUGAGCCGAGGAAAAUGAAAAUCAGCGUUUCAGCUGGUACCAAAUACUUGUAUGUAUAUCUAAGGGCAGAUUUAUUUGUCACCAUCGAAUCGAUUUGAAGUGAGACGCAGCGAACCAACCAAUCACAUUGCAGUCUGGUUGUUGUUGCGUCACAAUGGUGCGAUGUGAUUGGUUGGUACACACGUUUAGUUCGGAUGACAAUGCAUUAUUAUAAUGUCCUCACGAUGUUUUUUUUUUUCACCGAAAGAAAGUGAGUAAAGCUACAUACAACUAAAGUUUCGAACUUGAAACUUUUGCAUCACAUCUACUGGAUCACCAUCGCUUGAAGUUCAAGAAAUAUUAACGUCACUACCAGGAAAAUCUAUUAAAGUCUCUGACAACACUGACGACAAAUGAAGCUUGUAUUAAAAUGAAAUUUUUGUAAAAGUAUGCUUUU